AUGGAGGGACGGUACGGGUCACUUUUCACAGGCUCCCAUGACGAGCAUGACCCAGUUUGGCAGCUCCAGACCGGGCUCAGCUCUACAGUGUGCCUAGUGUGUGUUUUGGAAACCCUGGAGGACCCUCACGCACUCGUCAUCAAAAAGUGCGCCUUUCUCACGCAAGUCACAAACUUGCUGAAGACUCAGUACAGGGAAAGCCUGGCGGAGAUGCUGCUUAUGGACGACAAGAUCGCCGUAUCGCUGUUGACCACCGCGCUGCAGCUCCUGCCCUCGGAAAACGAGAACUUGUCCGCAACGGUGGUUGACACGGCAGCGCAGUUGUGCUGUCUGUUAAAAUCCGAGGAGAUCGCCUGCUUCGUUCUGGAGCACGUUUCCACGCAAAUUCUCCAACUCGCCAGUUUCCAGAGCAGUCUCCCCGGACUUGUGCUACUAGGGAGGCUUCUGAACGGGAUCCCUCCCCUGGCACUGAAGAUCUCUCACGACAUGACGUUUCUGGACUACCUGGUGACCGGUUUGGACUAUCCGGACAGAAAAAUCAAGUCGGCCAUACUGUUUCUCCUGGCUAAAGUUUGCGCGACCGUGAGUGACGUGGACCAUCCGGACUGGGUAGCCCUCGUGAGGGAGAUUUCUCCCGGUCUUUUGUCCAUUCUGGUGAAAGAAGAAGCCACAGAUGUGCUGACCAACGGCAUGGGGCUGUUGUUGACCGUUCUUGAUCACCCGGACAACGUCAGGGUGUUGGCUCGGGAAGUUGCAGUGCCUAAAUCUGAGCAAGAUGGAGGGAGAGCUACACUGUGCUCCGCUUUGCGAAAGAUGGUCAUGGCCCCAGAUGCAAACAUCCAGGUUGCUGGGGUGCGAGCGGUGUCCACCAUCCUCCAGCACGUUCUGGACGGCUGCCUGGAGUCAGACUAUGCCAAUCUCCUGCUGAACGGAGACAUCGCUGAAUUCCUGUUCGAAGCACUAGCGACCACGAGUGAACCGUUGCUGGACUCCAUAUUCCAGAGCCUUCUGAUGUUUGCUGACUUCGAGGCCUUCUUCAAGAAGGGGCACACCCUGUACGGGAUAGACUCCGUGGUGAGAGGCGUUCACCAGUCGCUGAAGUCUGCCGCCACCGGCGUGCAGUGCUCCGGCUUCCAGCUGCUGGCAAAAAUCCUGUCCAACCAGUCUUCCAACACCAGCCUUCUGAGCAGCACGGCGGGAUACCAGCAGUUUGUCCAACUGUUUGUCUCCGGGCUGCAGGCCUGCAAUGCCGACCUGGUUGUUUACGUGCUCCCGGCGCUGUCGGCAUUUCUGAGGAGGGACCACCAACCAUCACCCGUGCCGUAUACAGACCUACAGAACGUGUUAACCUUAGUGGUUUCUAACUUGAAAGCCUGGCCUGUGAUGCAGGAUUCUCUUGUGAGUGAUACAUCGGUCAAGACUAAAGCACAGUCCCAUAUGGUAGCGAACAGCUACAUGUCGAAAGUGCAAAACCUCCUCCAAGAGGGGCUUGGAGUGUUUCGCAGUGCCUGCAACCUUGCGGUGGCGUGUAAGGAAGACCCCCUUGCUGAUGAGUCGAUAUUUGCUGCUCCUGCUGGGUCCCAGUCCUCUGAUGGUAGCGGAAGGUCUUCCAGCACCAAGGUCGGCAGUUUUGUACAAUUCCUCUUCCAGCAAACCGACGAAGUUUUCAUCCCACUGGUCAUGCAGAACCUUCCGUACAUCACAGAUAGACGGGUCUUCGUGAACAUUUUCUCCAUCCUAAAUCUGCACUACCAGUUGAUGCCUGAUGCGAUGAGUGUCUUGUCUUGCAAGCUCGCAUCCUCCUGUUUCCUAAGGCUGUCCCUGGAAGUGAAGGCAAAGUUUUGCACGGGAGACUCGGGUGACAACCUGCAACAGGCUGUGAACCUCUUCGUCGGAAAACUUUUGUCGGUUCUGUCAAUGACUACAACAGAGAAAGAGAUGCCAUGUUCAUGUGUGGAAGAAGAGAAUUUCCUGGCCAAAGAACUACUCCCCAUACUUGCCCACAUCAACGGUGAACCACAGUCCCUGUUGAAACUGCUUACGGAGAAGUCAGAUCUUGAGAGCACAGAUAGGGAGUGUCUGGUUCACAAAGUGCACAAAGCGUGUCUGGCUAUCCUGUAUUAUUCCUAUCUAUACAGUGACAGGAUGGUUGAUGAACUGUCUCUUCACAAAGCUCUGUUAGUGUGCAUAGACCAGGAACCAUUGAGUCUGUUCCCGCUUUACACAAUGAAGCAUCUCGUCUUCCUGUUGGCAAUAUCUGCUCCAAUAUCUGACACAAGCUAUUUGGAUACAUGGUCGCUACCUUUGACACAGGCUUUGACGACAAUCAAAGAACCACUGAUGCUGUACACUCACCACCCAGAUCUAUUGGAAUGGUGCUUCAGGAGUUCAGAACUGGCGGGGGUGAUUGGUCCUGUGUUCUUGGAAGCCUGGCUUUGGAACAAGAGAUGCGCAGACAAAACAAUGUGUGAGACAGCCAUCUAUCAGACACAAGAAGCAGAGAACAGUGAGUUUCUGAGCAAACUGUUGUUAAGGAGUUCUGCUGCAAGCUCAUGUCUGAUGGACCUUAUUGUACAGGGAGGAGGGGAUAUGGCGACACAAGCUCUGGAUAUAUUACAAUCCAUUGUCUCCAACACAUCCGCUGAAAACCCUUGCUUUCAGACACUCUUGAACUACAAACUGCCUAACAUCUUACUCAAGCUGCUGGCAUCUUACAAGCACGAAUCAGACCACACUGUUGCUGUAGUCUUGCAACUUGUUUGCCGUGUCCACGCCUACGAGCAAAUGAGAGCCACCACGACUGACAAUCUGAAUCUGAAGCUUGUUCACCAAGUCGUCAGUACGAUCACGAAGUGUGCCGUCAGUGGCAGAGUGCUCCUGGCGAGUCUGAACUAUCUCACGGUGUUUCUUCUGGGAACGUCUGCGAGGAAGGACACUCGACUGUUGGCCAUACUGUUGUCGAACGAUGCCGUCCUUAUGCUCUUGCAAGACCUGCUGACUGGAACUAUGUUCAGUCAGGAAACAGUGUCAGAAGACCAGGCCGUGAGUUUGCAGAGCUGUGCCGCACAGUUACUCGGUGCUUUAGUGCAGCUUCAGGCCCAGUUCAAAGUGACUUGCGACUACACUGUGCUUGUGGAGACAGAUCUGUUGGUUGAGAUGCUGACCUGUGACAGAACACCGCUCCAGCUGUACUGUGCUGUGUGGUUCCUGGCCUCCAUGUUUGGUGUGUCCCUCCAGUCACCAGUAGUCAGGAUGGACCUGGGAGUCUCCUCACAUCAUAUCACUCUCAUCUUCUUAUUACUGCAGAACAUCAUGGUCUUGCAAGAGGAGCUCCUGUGCUGUGCAGUUGUCAACUGUAUGUCUGGGCUCCUCGCAUACAUCCAGCCCAGAGACCAGACCCUGCUGGACCAUCUGAUGAACCAGCCCUGGAACCAGCUACUGCUCCAAACUGUGACAAACAUGCACAACAACGACGACACCGUCGCACCAAGCCUGGUCGCUUUACUCACACUCUUCCUAGAGCACGGGAAACCAGGACCGGUCACCCAGAAACUGGUCGACAGAAUAGUCACUCAAGCAAUCCCUAAAGACUUCUCACAGUCGCAAGAAGGAACAAACUCUUGUCUUCUUUAUGGAAAAUUAAUUUCCGCCAUUGAUAAAAGCACCGGUAUGGACAUACCGUCCACACAUAGAGCUUUGGUUAAGGAAUUUGUAGAGAAGUUUUUGAAGGAGCCGACUGUUGGUCAUCGGGAGAUGUCAGUUGGAUUUGUAGAGGUGCAGGAUGUGAUGUUGUGUACUAGUACUUGGAUUAGUGACACAUUCCAGCGGAGGCCCGGCACGGCAGAGUUGUCUGUGAUGUUACAAGAAGAUAACCGUUCCACAGGAAAGGGGUCAAGUGAAGAGUGUUAG